GUCAUUCACGUUCCGUUCCACAGUAUAAACAACAUUUUGUUACUUUUUGUGUAAAAAAGUCUAUAUAAUUGCUUAUUACAGAAACAAUUACAAUGCACAUUAAUUACAACAAAUUUACUAUGUGAAUAUAUUAAAAUAAUAAAAUAUAUUUCGGUAAUAACAUGACAUAAAAUUUAACAAAAUACACGCUUACCGUGAAUGGAACCUGAAACGUCAAAUGUGACAUCUACCUUGACGAUUUGUCUAAUGUUUACGGAAACUUUAAAAAAUUAUAUCUCGUAAACCGUGAGUCUCCGCAACUUAAAAUUUUGCAAAAAUCUUUUUAUUUAUGAGUACUAUCUACAAAAAUAUUGUGAACUUCCAAAUCGACGGACCUAAAAGGAAAGUUUAGCCAAUAAAACUACUACUACUACUACUACUACUACUACUAGUUAGCUUCCACAAUAUUCAACUUAAUUAACGUUUAAUUUCUACAUAGAUACCUAAUUGUUUUAAUGAUAGAUUAAACACUUAAUAUUUGAGGGUUUUGCUUUGUUCAAAAGGUUACAUGAAAAAGGAAACACUUUUCAAAACAAAGCAUUAGAUACAGAAAGGUUCGUUGUUAAAUAAGCCGUUGUAUUAUUUAAACAGUGGAAGUUGGGAAGUCACGUAUAAUAAAAAUCUAGCUGUAUUCUUGAAUUUGUGAUAAAUUUUUAAGCUAGUCACCAUAUAAAUCCAUCAUCAUGACUGGACCUCUACAAUAUGUGGUGGAAGAGGAUGCAGCUGAUCUGCAAUUCCCAAAAGAAUUUGAGAAUGCUGAAACUUUAAUGAUAUCUGAAGUUGACAUGUUAUUGGAAAAUAGAAAAGCUCAAAAUGAAUCUGCUGAAGAGGAACAAGAAUUCUCUGAAGUCUUCAUGAAAACACUAACGUAUACCAAUAUGUUUAAAAAGUUCAAAAACAAAGAGACAAUAGCUGCUGUUAGACACCUAUUACAAUCAAAAAAACUUCACAAGUUUGAAUUGGCAAGCUUAGCAAAUUUAUGUCCUGAAACACCGGAGGAAGCGAAAGCACUGAUACCAUCAUUAGAAGGAAAAUUUGAAGAUGAAGAACUAAGAAUACUUUUGGAUGACAUACAAACUAAGAGAAGUUUACAAUACUAAAAAUUUAAUAUAUUAUUGUAAGUUGAUAGAUUAAAGGUAAUAAACAGAAAUUUUAACUAAUAAA